AAAAAAAAAAAUAUUUUUUUUUUCUAGAAAAUGGUAGCAAUUGCGAUAUUGGGAUGCGGAAAUGUAGGAUUUUAUAUCGCAUCUCAUCUAAUUCAUAACAAUCAUCACGCAUUUAAUAAUCCAUAUAAUAACAAUAAAAUUCUUUGUGUCGGACGCCAAAGACUUUUGGAUGAACUAAAUUUAUCCAAAAAAUUAACGUUAACUAAAUUAAAUAAUUUUACAGAUAUUGAUACCGUUAAGGAAAAUAAUUAUUUAUUAAAAGAAAAUGAUAAGAUUGAGGCUGAAGACGAAAAAGAUGAAUACGAAGAAAAAAUUGUUAUUUUAAGGGAUGAAAUUUUUUAUGAAACUGAUUUAAAAGAAUUAAUUAAAUUUAAUCCUGAUUAUGUCAUCGUAACAUUGAAAUCCAAUCAAAUUUCUGAUGUAUUUAAUGAAUUAAAGGAUUUGGAUGGUAAAACUACGAUUGUUUCCAUUCAAAAUAGCUUUCAUAAUGCUGAAAUAAUUAAACAAUUUUUACCAAAUACUACAAUUAUAAGGGGUUUAUUAAACGACAUGACCGUAACUCAUGAUUCCUCAUGUCACUUUAUCCAACAAUCAUCAUCUUCAGGAUCUAUAGUAUUAGAAUCUAUUCCGGAGACUUUACACUUUCAAAAAAUACUUGAACAAAAUGAAUUACCGUGCGUAAUUUCUUACGAUAUAGAAGAUUUGAUGUAUUUUAAAUUACUCAUCAAUUUAAAUACAUCAUUAUUCGCGUUAAGUGGAUUAUCUUAUGUUGAAUACCUUCAAGACAAUAAUUUUAGAGAAAUUUAUAAGAAAUGUAUAUUUGAGGGGUUAAAUGUAUAUAGAUUAAAUGGAAUUACCUUUAGUGAAAAUUUAUUAAUGAAAAAUUUGGUAAAAUGUUUAGGUUAUGUACCAGAAUGGGUGAGUGAUUUGGCUUUAGAACAUUUUUUGAUUACGAAAAAGCGAAAUCUUAAUUCUAGUAUGGUUUAUGAUUUUAAAUCGGCGAGAAAAACUGAAGUUGAGUUUUUACAAGGUGAAAUCGUUAAACUAGGUGAAAGAAUUAGAAGUAAAGAUAAUCAAAGAGAGGAUGUACAACAUGAAAAAAGCGUGGACGUGAAAUAUAAUAGAGGGAUUCUUAAUUUGAUUAAAAUCAUAGAAAAUCAUAUGAUAGAAUCUAAAAAAGGUUGGGAUGGGAAAAUUAGUGAUAAAGAAAUUUUGAAAUAUAUCGAAACUGGGGAAGUACCUAACGUCUUGUGAGGGAAAUUCU